UCAUCGGAUCUGGCUGUAUAAGGAGUAGGGAGUGACAGGCGUCAUGGCUCCUCCAGUGGAGACCGAGAGCAUUGAUCUGAGUGAUGUAAUGAUUUAUCAAGUUCAGUUUUUCUGGAGGCAAUUUUAAAAGAGGAGGGCUCUGAAGAUUGACACUUUAUACGUGAAGCACUGGAGCGUUAGUUGGGAAUGUCGUGGAUUUCGAGGACUUUCCCGGCACUACUCUUCCUGGUGUACUCGCAAGCAGGAGAGGACGAUGAUAUUCGAGCGGGCUGCAGCACUGCUGUGAAUGACCUGGUCUACAUCAUGGACGGCUCCUGGAGUGUGGGAGAUGAGGACUUCGAAACAGCCAAGCUCUGGUUGGUCAAUGUCACCAGUGGCUUCGAUGUUAGUUCACACUACUCACAGAUCGGUGUAGUACAAUACAGCGACACGCCCAGGUUGGAGAUCCCUCUCGGUCUCCACAAGACCACUCAAGAUCUCAUUAAAGCCAUUGAGGAUAUCAGCUAUUUAGGUGGAAACACGCAGACAGGCCGCGCCAUCAAGUUUGCCGUGGACCACGUCUUUGCGUCUUCGCAACGAAAUGACGUGAAGAACCGUAUCGCUGUGGUGGUGACUGACGGAAAGUCGCAGGAUGACGUUACGGACGCGAGCAUUGAGGCGCGAGCACAAGGGAUUAAAGUGUUUGCGGUGGGUGUUGGCACGGAGAUCACCACUUCAGAGCUGGUGACCAUCGCCAACAAGCCAGAGGGGGAUUAUGUGCUUUACGCGGAGGACUACACCAAUAUCGACCGUAUCCGUGACGCUAUGGAACAGAAGCUGUGCGAGGAAUCUGUAUGUCCCACACGUAUCCCUGUGGCGUCCCGUGAUGAAAAAGGCUUUGAGCUGAUGUUGGGCAUGAAGAUCCAUCAGAAAGCUAAGAAGAUACAUGGCUCAUUACUGUCAGAGGCGGCGUAUCUGAUAGACAAGAGCACUGACAUCACUGAAAACACAAGGGAAAUUUUUCCAGAAGGCCUCCCUCCCUCCUAUGUGUUUGUGUCGACUCUGAGGCUGAAAGGGCCUUCAAGCAGGGAGAAGUUUGACCUGUGGAGGGUUCUGUCUAAAGAUGGACAGAUUCAGGCCGCUGUCACACUGAACGGACUGGACAAAUCGGUCAGCUUCACUACCACAAACAUGGUUAAUGAGGAACAGAUGGCUACUUUUGAUGCACGAGGCAUUGAGGCUCUUUUCGAUGGAAGCUGGCACCAGCUGAAGGUUCUGGUUAAACCCAGCCACGUCACCUGUUUCCUGGAUGACCAGCAGAUCCAAGACGAGGCUCUGGGAGCUGCUGUGCCCAUCUACAUCAACGGGAAGACUCAGAUUUCCAAGCGCUUUGGCUCUGACGCUACACUUCCUACAGAAAUUCAGAAACUGAGGCUUUAUUGUGACCCACAUCAAAGUGAGCGAGAGACCGCAUGUGAAAUCUACUCUGUGGAUGAUGAGCGGUGUCCUCUGGACCGUGAGCCCACCGGUGACGCUGAGGAAGAAUGUGACUGCAGCGAAGGACAGCCGGGACCGCCAGGACCUGCAGGACCGAGGGGUCUGCGAGGAGAGAAAGGAAGGGAAGGACCUCCGGGCCCCGAUGGUAAGCCUGGACCCCCAGGUUCAAGAGGAGAGCCAGGAGAUCCAGGGAUACCUGGAGAAAAGGGUGACGUAGGUCUAUCAGGGCUGAGAGGCGAUCCAGGACUUCAGGGUGUGAAAGGAGAACGAGGAGAACGAGGGUUGCCAGGGAAACCGGGCCCGCCAGGACCAAUGGGAGCAUCGAGACCAAAUAUUGGUACUGCUGGAUUGCCAGGAAAAAAGGGAGAGCAGGGGGAGAAAGGAGAACAAGGACCUCCCGGAGAGCCUGGUCCAAUGGGGAAACCAGGAAUCCCUGGGAACGAUGGACCAGCCGGCCCUGCGGGAUUAAAGGGAGAGAAAGGAGACGUCGGGCUGCCGGGCGCAGAUGGACCACAAGGUGUUCCAGGAAUUCGUGGACUUCCCGGUGAAGCAGGAGAGAACGGAGCACAGGGUGUGAGAGGAGCAGCUGGGCAGAAAGGAUCACCUGGACCGAGAGGACCUCCGGGCGCGCCGGGCCCUUCAGGGGUCCCUGGAGCAGACGGACUCCACGGCCCCAAGGGUAGUGCAGGAGAAAAAGGCAGCGCAGGUAAUCCUGGUACGGCAGGUCAAAAGGGUGACCAGGGCGAGCCUGGAUUUCCAGGAGUUCAAGGUGCGAUGGGCCUUCCUGGAUUUAAAGGACACAAGGGAGAGAGAGGAGAAACUGGACCCAGAGGCAUUCAGGGUGAAAAAGGCAGCAAAGGGUUUCCCGGGAUGCCAGGCUUUUCGGGUGAAGUCGGACCCAGAGGGAGCAAAGGAGAGAAAGGUACGCCGGGUGAGACUGGGGUCAAAGGUCCUGAUGGCCAGAAGGGAGACGUGGGACACAUCGGUGUGGUCGGACCGCGCGGAUUCCCGGGCCAGGAUGGUUUACCGGGGCAACCCGGCGCUCCGGGCUUUCCAGGGAAGCCUGGUAAGCCUCCCUCAGAGGAGCACUUAAUGAAACUCUGUGGGGACGUUCUGAGAAAUCAGCUGCCCCGGCUGCUGCAGACGAUGGGCCCUCAGCGCUGUGAACCUUGUGAGAGCAUUAAAGGACCCCCGGGACACCCCGGAGCUCCAGGGCCCAAAGGCUCCAGCGGGCCCCCCGGCUAUCCCGGCAGACACGGCUCUCAGGGCUACCCAGGGCCUCCGGGCAUCCAAGGACCCCCAGGGGUUAAAGGGGACACAGGCCCACGGGGAUUUAAAGGCAAUAAAGGAGAGAGCAGACCAGGAUACCCAGGGCCUCCUGGAGACACGGGGAUCCAGGGUCCUCGCGGCAGUGAUGGCAUUGGUAUUCCGGGUCCUCCGGGAAUAGCGGGUAAAUCCGGGACUCCGGGCAUUCCAGGCAAGCCAGGUCCUCCAGGGCCGGCCGGCGUGUGUGACAUGUCCAUCUGCUACCAAUCCUAUAACCUCAGGGAUGAGCACUACAGUAAAGGGCCGGAUUUCUAACACACACAUUUGAGCGAACACAUGGGCUCAGCUCUCGGACUGCCAGGAGCGCCAUAGCAAAUCCAGAGGAAUUUACAGACAUGGCUUGGGACAUUGUCUGAGCGCUGCUAUGGUGCAAUGAAACAUCAGUGGCCUUUAGAUGAAAAAUAGUGACAUUUAUAGAUGUGAAACCUGCCUUUCGGUGCACAGCGGGUUUUGUAAACACCAUUAACACGUUCAUAAGGUCAUUUGUGAAAUAAUACUGCGAGUGGAUAGAUGUUGAUAUGUCAUAAACAUAGCAAUUAACAUUAAUAUUUAUCACCAUUACUUAUGAAUAUUAAGUAUUAGUAAAGUAAAUGACUUUUUGUUGCCAAACAAGGAAGCUUUGCACCAUGAUAUGAGAUGCAAUAAUAAAAACAUUAGUUUGUUUGUCAUUUGGUACUAAUGAAUAUUAAGAAUAAGUGUUCAGAGACAUGCUUUAAAAAUAAUGGGGAAAAUGUUUCUGUUUGUUUUUGAUUUCCCCAAUACUUGACUGGAAAUAUUCUGAUCGACUCAUCAUCAGACAUCAUUAUUUCACAUUUCAUUGAAUUAAUAAUUGUACUUUAAAUAGCUGGCUAUUAUUAUUUUAUAUUAUUUACGUAUUUGCGUACUUUUUAUAUUAUCUGCACUGCCUGAAGGGAAGGUAAAUUCAUGAAAAUCUCACUGAUUAUUCCAUUAAAUAAAAUUAAUAUGAACCAUUAAAUCAACUAUUUAUUCCAUUUGUGUGUGUUCAGAAACUCAUGAAUUUUAUAUUUCUCUUUUGGCAGUAAAAUAUUUAAGAUGUGUAAGGUGUGAGAUAUAAAUUUGACAGGUGUAAUUAUUUUAAAUAUUUUACAUUUAUUUGUGAAUCCAUACAAACUGCUUGUUACAGAUUUUUUUCCCCCAGUGAAAUCUGUUCUAUAUUUUUGCUCUUUUUAAAUUGAUAUAUUGCAAUUUUUGCUGUUAUAUAAUCUGUCACUAACAUGUAAUUCUAAUCUGUUGUUUUAUUCACUCACUUUAGUUUAUUAGAACAAACUUGUGUUCAUUUUAAAACUACACUGUAAAAAAUGUUGGGUUACGUUGGGUUGAAAAUGGACAAACCCAAUGAUUUAACCCAGCAGUUGAGUUAAAUGUUUGCUCAAGCUGCUGGGUAGUUUAAUUACACUCAACCAUUGUGUAAAAAAUACGGUAUUGUUGCUUAAAAUUAACCCAAAAUAUGUUGGAAAUUAAAAAUCAGACAUAAUUACUAGAGGAAACAAUAAUAAUCAAAAGGUGAACAUUUAUUAAUAAGCAAUUUAAUAA